CUAGGAGACGCACCUGCCCACACAUUUCUCAGAAAUUCGCUGUGAAAUUUCCAACCUCAUCAUCCUCUACUAACUUCACAGCAGGCCAGGUCAAGUAAACUUGCACCCACCACAACUGGCAAAAUGAAGUUGAACAUCAGCUACCCUGCCAAUGGCAGCCAGAAGCUCAUCGAUAUUGAGGAUGAGCGCAAGCUCCGUGUCUUCAUGGAGAAGCGCAUGGGCGCUGAGGUUCCUGGUGACUCCAUCGGCGAUGAGUUCAAGGGCUACAUCUUCCGCAUCACUGGUGGAAACGACAAGCAGGGUUUCCCCAUGAAGCAGGGUGUUAUGCACCCUACCCGUGUCCGCCUCCUCCUCUCUGAGGGCCACUCUUGCUACCGACCCCGACGCACCGGUGAGCGCAAGCGAAAGUCUGUCCGUGGCUGCAUCGUCGGCAUGGAUCUUUCUGUCCUCGCCCUCAGCAUCGUCAAGCAGGGUGAUGCUGACAUCCCCGGCCUCACCGACGUCGUCCACCCCAAGCGCCUCGGUCCCAAGCGCGCCACCAAGAUCCGCAAGUUCUUCGGCCUCACCAAGGAUGACGAUGUCCGCAAGUACGUUAUCCGACGAGAGGUUCAGCCCAAGGGUGAGGGCAAGUCUCCUUACACCAAGGCUCCCCGCAUCCAGAGACUCGUCACCCCUCAGCGUCUCCAGCACAAGCGCCACCGCGCUGCCCUCAAGCGCCGCCAGGCCGAGAAGGUCAAGGACGAGGCCAACGAGUACGCCCAGGUCCUUGCCAAGCGUGUUGCCGAGGCCAAGGCCAACAAGGCCGAUGCCCGCAAGCGACGAGCAAGCUCUAUGCGCAAGUAAGGUUCUGGCGUUUAAUGAAAAAAAAGUGGAAUCAUACCUUGGUCUUGUGGUUUGCAUGCAUUGGGAGUGAGGAUUCUCUAUAGGGCUCGUUUUGAGCCAACCACGACUGUAUUAGAGACAUUUCGAAAAUAUGAACAUGCAUUAAUGCACUCGUACCCUGUGCUACUCGGCAACCUUCGUCUGUGUCUAUGUCUGUGCUGUGCCUUUCG